UCAAUAUGUAUCCUCUCUUUGGUUAAAUGUUAUAAACACCAACGGGAGGAUUAACCUUGUUUCUUCCCUUUAUCCUUUAAUUCCUCCUCCUUGAACAAUAUUCAUAGUUAAGAGGGAAAAUAUUAUUGGAAAGGGGGCCUAAAAAAAAGAUUGAGAUUAAUUUCCAAUAAAGAAAAAGAAAAAAAAAAGAUGGUAGGUAAAAAAGUCGUGAUUUCAUUUGUCUCUUUGAUUCUUCUGGUAGGUGUAAUUGUGGGAGUAGUAGUCGUUGUGCACAAAAAUGGGGACAAAGAUGGUGGUAAAACCACCAAUGUUCAAAAGAAAAAAGUAGAUGAAUUUUGUCUACCCACAGCAUAUAAAGAUGCUUGUGUAAAGAGCCUUGAUAAAGUUGCACAUAACGAGUCUGCCACUAUGAAAGACUAUAUAAUGGCUGCUUUUGAUGCCACUGUGGAAGAAAUAAAAAAAUCUCAACACGAAACUGGAAAAACUAAUGUUGACAAAGAUAAAGAUCCUUACAACCAUAUGGCAUUAGAAGAUUGCAAAGAGUUAUUACAAUAUGCAGUCGAAGAGCUCGAAUCGACCCUCAAAGUUGUCUCGGACAAUGAAAUGAAAUCCCUACAAGAAAAAGUGUACGACAUUCUGAACUGGGUCAGCGCGGUCUACUCGUACCAGAGUGACUGCAUCGACGCUAUUAACAAGCCUGAGUACAAGUCCGCGAUUGAAAAGGGCCUAGUUAAUGCCACACAAUUGACCAACAAUGCCAUCGACAUUGUGGCCAAGAUUUCGUCCACCCUCCAGGACAGUAAUUUUCAGAUACCAGAUGGUUUUAUGAACCGUAAACUCCUUGACGCGAAUUAUCAGAUGGGACAGGAUGGAUACCCCACGUGGUUCCCCGCGGCUGAUCGUAAGCUAUUGGCUGAUUCGCCAACACCUAAUGCAGUAGUGGCUAAGGAUGGUAGUGGACAAUAUAAGUCAGUUGCUGAGGCUAUUAAGGCGUACCCUGACAAACAUCAAGGCAAAUACAUAGUAUAUGUUAAAGCUGGUGAGUAUAAUGAACAGGUGAUUAUCGACAAGAAGCAACCCAACGUGUUUAUCUAUGGAGAUGGCGCGGGGAAAACCAUCAUCACUUCAGACAAAAAUGUCAAAAUCGCGCUAUACAGCACCCAGGACAGUGCUACAGUUAGUGCCGUGGGACAAGGGUUCAUUGCCAAAGGAAUCACCUUCCGAAACACAGCCGGUCCACCAGGGGAACAAGCCGUGGCACUUAGAAUCCAAGGCGAUAUGUCAGCUGUUUUCGAUUGCAACAUCGAAGGCUAUCAAGACACCUUAUAUUACCAAACUCAUCGCCAAUUUUACCGCAAUUGUGUCAUCUCAGGAACAAUUGACUUCAUCUUUGGUAAAGGCACGGCUGUCAUCCAGGAUUCCACAAUCAUCUUGCGAAAGCCCGGUGUUGGCCAAAAAUGGAACACAAUCACCGCGGAUGGAAGAGAAGUUCAGUCACAACCAACGGGAUUGGCAUUGCAAAAUUGCAAAAUCACCGCGGAAAAUGAACUACUUUCCACUAAGAUCGUUGAAAACUACUUGGGACGACCGUGGAAGGCGUAUUCGACAAAUGUGGUCAUGGAGAGUGAAAUUGGUGAUUUUAUUAAGCCAGAAGGAUGGAUGAUUUGGGACAAGGAACAAUUUCAUCAGACAUGUGAAUGUUAUGAAUAUGGUAACAAAGGACCUGGUGCAGGUACAAGUGCAAGGAACAAGUUGUUCAAGAACUUUAAGGUACUUAGUCAACAAGAAGCAACUAAGUAUACUGCAGGUGCUGUUUGGUUCAGAGGAAAUGAGUGGUUGGCUGGCACGGGUGCACCUUUUUACCUUGGUCUAGGUGGAAAAUAAAAACAAAACAAAACAAAAUGUUGAUCGUACAAAAAAAAAGUUUUUGGACAACAUAUCUCAUUUUUGUGAAUGUAAUGCAUAAACAAAGACAUUAAUCUAAACAUGUUAUUUUGUUAUU